CAUUCGCAGUCGCGUUCCUCAAAAUAACCCCGCCGUCAUCCUAGGCCAGGCGACAUUUGGACAACCUUGGAAGACAAUGUAGCGGCCUCACGUGCGAAUCGACAUUUCUAGGCUGAGGGGGCAACCAGAAACAGCCAUGGCUACCAGUCGACAGGAGCGCAUGCAAGAGCGCAUGCGCGGCGCUGGACGUCACCAGGUCGAAGACGUGUCGUUCAAUUUUGUCAUCCCAGUUGCCCCAGUGGCAUUACCUGGAGAGCACCAGCCGACCCCCGAAGUCGAUGCCCAAGAAAUAGCCCCAGCAGCUCUCGGGCCAUCGCCCACGCCCGCGCCUAAUCUAACCCUGGCUUCUUUAUCGCGGCCGAUUUCUAAUACGUCGGCCAAGAGAAAGCAUCUAGCCCGGAAUGCGGCGCGUUCGAGCCCGCCGUUGCCGGCGGCUGCAGCAGUCAGCCGGCGUCCAUCAUCGCCAGCUCAUGUGUCACAGCCAGAAAUCUAUGACAUCCCUGAUGCCAGCAGCCCCGAGGAGGCACCAGUUCAGGUCAAUGGACGCCUCAGGAAAAGAUCAUCACCGGCCCAGCGGCAGGUGGCGCCUGCUGAGCAUGGUCAGCAGCAGGUAAUCGAACAGGACCACGGGGACCCAACGGCUGUGGGGGCUGUUAGUCCAGCGCAGCCGCCGGUGUUAUCGUCCUCGUCCUCACGGCAAUUGUCUAGGCGCGUGGCCCGUACCGCCUCACCAGUUGCGACUGGCGAAAUUCUGGCCGAGGAGGUGACCGAGAGCCCUGUAAGCGCACCGGGGAGCGGGCGUCGGCGGCGUGUACGCAUUAGCGAGGGCGCGUUUGUCGUAGGGUCAAGUACACUGCUCCAACGGGUUCUUGAAGAUCUUAACGAGACUACAACAACUAAUGUGGGCGAUGUACCGUCGUCUUCGCCGCUGGAGCGCAUGGCGGCCGCGAGAAAGAGCCUUGGACAGCGGCGCUCUGUACCUUCCAGGGCAACAGUGACAGGGCCGCCCGAACCAGAAGCAUUAGUACUAUCGCCCGCAGCCACCCGUCGGGAAAGAGGGCGGCCAUCUGGAAGCAGUCUCGCAAAUCCCGGUGACGACGGCGUUGAAGGCAGUGCUCGAAUAUCAUCACCCGAUAUGGGACCUCCCAGCGAGACUGAUAUAUCUACCGACGUGGCCAAUGACGAGGUAGAGAAUGAAGGUGAGGAUGAGGAUGAGGAUGAGGAUGGGGCAGCGGAAGAGAUCAGCGACAGAGAAGCCGCUCGGAAGUUGGGGAGAACCCGUACGAGACGGAGUCUGCGCGCUCCUUCGCCCGACCUGGGAUCUCAGCCUAUCGAGCAGCACGAGGAAGAGGAGCAAGAAGAAGAAACCAUUGCCCCCAAGCGACGUCGGAGGAAGGAGCCAGAGAUCGAGGGCGAACCAGUUGCCAAACGCCGCCAGAGGAAUAGCACACAAGCAAGUCAACAAUCUAAACCGCGGAGGGCUAAGCCCGUGCCUACGCCCAUGCCUGAACCUGUGCCGACGUCCCGCCCCAUGCCCAAAUCCAAGGUUGGACCGAUAAAACAGGCAAAAGGGCGGAAGGAGGGAAAUCAUUCCAACGGCGCCGACGGACAAGAAGAAUCUCGAACGGAUGCUGAGCCUGUUCCUGUCACUGUAACUGUCCAGCGCUUCACUAGGAAGGGAGCGGCACAUUUCGGUGGCGACGAGGACGAGACCGACACAGAGUUUCUCAACGCCGAGAUACCGUUCGCGAACCGCGCGGGCGUGAACGCCGUCGAUGUCCUGUCCAAACUGUGCGAAGAACUUAUCGAGAACUUCCUGGGCAAACUGCAGGAGCGGGCCUGGGAGGCCGGGAAUCUAGCCGCCAAGAGAGAGCAGAAGACCAUGCACCGCACGCUUGAGGCCUUUCAGGAGGAGCUGAGAACUCGGCUUCUUGAGCAUACAAUCGCACUGGACACACUGCACGCCCUGCGGAAGCGGGUGCGCGUGACCCAAAAAGAGAGGCUCUCUCUGCGCGAGGAAAUCUUGCGCAUCCGCGCCGAGCGCGAACAGGUCGCUCUGCGAAUGGACGCCAUCCGCAUCAAGCACGAAGCGGAGAGCAAGGAGGCUUUGCGGCACAUCUUCCUCUCCUCGGCCAUGCACGACAUCGACCUGGCAGUGGAAAAGGGCCACGCGGCCCCGGAGCUGUCGGCGGCGGAGCGGAAGCAGGUAGACCUGGCCAACCUCGAGCUGCUCAUCAGCAGGGUGUCGGACCAGGCGUGUGCUGCGAGCGACGGGGGAGGGGCUUUGAAGCAGAUCAAGGAGUUCAAUGCCUUUUUAGAGCGGGCGGCCACUGCUUUGGAGAGCAGAUGAGAAGAUGAGAUGUCCUGACGAAGCAUCGAACGAAUGUAAAUGACACACACCAGUUGAAGUGGAGGUGCGGAAUACGUCGAAACACCAGUAUGGCUGCCGUAUGGAUAAUUGGUUAGGAGCCUCGGUUUGGGCGUGCUGAUGGUGAUUAACAAGUUUGUUAUAUAUUUGUAUACAGUAAUGAAUAUAUAAGUGGAGGAAGUAAAUA